CGCCGGUCUAUCCAGCUGCAGACUUCUUUCUUUCAUUAUCACCAUCACCAACACUCGUUCUCUUUGGAAUUGACCCCUCGCAUUCGUUUUGCAUACCCGUCACCCGUUUAAGUCAACUUUUUGCUCAAUUGGAUCAGCCACCAUGCGUUUCUCCUACGCCGUUCUGCCCCUGGCUGCCAUUGUUGGCGCCCUCGAGGUCACCUCCCCCACCAAGGGCGAGGAUGUUGAUGUCUCCAACUCCUUCACUGUCAAGUGGGAUUCCGUCAGCACUGACGCCUCCAACUUCAAUCUCUACAUUGUCAACAACGCCGUCUACCCCCCGGUUGAGCAGAAGAUCGCCAGCGAUGUCGAGACCUCGAAGGGCUCCUUUACUGUCUCUGGCCUGUCUGGCCUGACCGACGGCAAGGGCUACCAGAUCAACCUGGUCUCCGACGAGCCCCAGAACAGCGGCAUCCUCGCCCAGUCGCAGCAGUUCGACGUGAAGGGUGCUUCUUCCAGCUCCAGCUCCAGCUCCAGCUCCAGCGCCAGCGCCAGCUCUUCCAGCACCAGCAGCGCCUCUUCAUCUUCCUCCUCAUCCUCCUCUUCGUCUUCCGCCUCCUCCGCCUCGACCACCCUCACCUCGACCGCCAGCUCUUCUACCGGAUCCGCUACCCCCAGCUCGACGGCCAACGGCACUGCCCCGACGGCCUCUGUCGCCCCCGGUGCUGGUUCCGCCCUGACUGCCCCGCUGACCGCCGUUGCCGGUCUGGUCAUGGGCGCCAUGGCUCUUGUUCUGUAAACGAGCAUUCCUUCCUAGGUGAUCCGCAACCGGUGGACAACCCUGUCCCACCCUUACCGAACCGGACCUCCGGAUCGGAACCCGAUUUGAUUUCCACUGCGCAAUACGUUAAUUUACUAUGGACAUAAAGGCAACCUUCGCGUGAAGUGAGGUUGUUGGAUUAAUUGGAUCGUGUCGGAGCGAUUGGUUUUUGAUGUUAUGUGUUUAUUCCAUGCUGUGUUCUAAAAUCAUAACAAUUAAGUUGGACCAAAUAAUGGUCGCAUUGGAGCUCUUUCCCUG